UUUUUCAAAUUACAAUAUACCUAAGCUUUCAGCCAAACAUAGUCUCUCAGAGACAACGCCACACCUAGUUUGACAUCACAACAGGUGUAACACCUGUCCCCUAGCCGCUCUUUGCCGGCGUCUCGGGCCCGGUAAACAAUCGCGGGCAGUACUCGGCCGGCCGUCGCGAGCGCCGCGCGUUCCUGCCACCGCUGACAGCUGUCAAACAUGACAGUUACUUUUUUUACAACCACAAAUAAGUGCAAAGGUUUUUAAUCGAGUGCCGUGUAUUGUGUUGUGCCGCAAUAUGUGUCGGUGACAAGUGACAGUGUAUAGUGUCAAUAGUGCGUGUCAACGUUAAAGUGUCAACUGUCAACAAUUAUUGAAAGUACGAAUAGAUUGUGCAGUUGUAAAUAAUAGCAUUGGCUUAGUGACGUUAACAACAAUAAAAGAGGUGUCAAAAUCCCCGCGUUGUAACUUUUAACUGUCAGUGUCAAAAACAACAAAACUUGUUACACCUCGCGUAGUAUCUUUUUCACCGAAUCUCCCGAUCUGAAUCUCUCACCGAAUCACCGAAACCGUAGUGUCGUUACUGCAGUAACUAGUGUCAUUAACAACAAAAUUUGCCACCUCGCGUAGUGUCGUUGUUGCUAUAUACUUAUAAUCACUAGUGUCAACAACAACAAAACUAGUUAUACAUCGCGUAGUGUCUUUGGCAUCGCUUGCAACUAGUAUUAACAAAACUAGCACCGAUCGUCAGUGUUGUGUUUAGUGUGGUACUGAACUAUGACGUAAGCAUGUACCGUCCCAACUUCUACGAGAGCACCUGCUUCAGGUGCAACGAAAUAGUCUACCAGGUGGACCGCGUGGGCCCGCUGAAGGACUUUACCUUCUUCCACAGCGGCUGCUUCAAGUGCGCGGUAUGCGGGACCAAACUGACAUUGAAGACAUACUACAACAACCAACACUACACUGAAGACAAGGAGGUGUACUGCUCGUCCCACGUGCCCAAGAUCGGCCCCGGCCACCUCGACCACUCGGCGGUGGGCAUCCGCAGCGCGCUCAACGUGCCGCGCAGCAACAACUACGUCAACGAACAGAUUAGAGGACAUAACAGGAGCAGCCAUGAGACUGAACUGUCCCCAACCCGCGCGACGAACGGGAACAGCGUGCAAGCGUCCCCGGCACGCGAGCUGUCCCGGGACACACCUGACUACCAGUACGGGCGGUUCGACGCCAGCGCCCUGCACAUUGCACACGCGCUGAAGCAGACGGAACUCCAGAAGGCGUACCAUCGGCCGAGGGAGAAACCCAUUGAUUGUUAUUUGGAUCGAGAUGAACAGACCAAAUUAGAAAUGAAACAUCGACAGGAAGAAGAUGACUUGUACAGAAAAUUCUCCAAACACAGAGAAGAAGAGAACAGAAGGAUACGAGAUGAAAUACAGGACGAAUGGGAAAGAGAGUUAGAAAGGUUAACUAGCAGGUUCCAGCAGGAGAUACAGGUUAAGAAGAGAAGGCCAGAAGCAGAGAUUGGGGCACUCACUCUCCGUCAUCAACAGGAGAGAGCGGACUUGGAGAAGAACAUGACCCUCAGGAGAGAUAAAAAGAAGGAGAGUUUGACGAGGAAGAUGUUGGAACAUGAAAGGGCAGCCACAGCGGCGUUAGUGGAGAAACAGAGUCACGAGAUGAUGGAGCUGAUCCAGGAGAGGAGGUCGGAGUACAUGGCAGCCUCCUCGCUGUACCUGGACGGGGAGGAGGCGCCGCCCUACCCCGCCAGAGCGCCGCCCCCGCAGCCGCCGCUGGUCUCCAAGUUCCACAUAUACACGGACCCGGCCGAGUUCACGGAUGUGGAUAAAAUCGCAAUUUCUGUAGCUCAAGAAGACCAAAAAACCUUCACAGACCUAGUCCGGCAGCUAGUAGGGCGUUGUGCGAGCGACGUGGAGAAAGCCAGGACGAUAUUCCGAUGGAUAACCGUCAAGAACCUCAACAACAUACAGUUUGAUGACAACUUGCGAGGGGAUUCACCGCUAGGUCUGUUGAGAGGCAUCAAACACGGAACGGAGAGUUACCAUGUGCUGUUCAAGAGGUUGUGCAGCUACGCCGGUCUUCACUGCGUGGUGAUCAAAGGCUACAGCAAGUCUGCGGGCUACCAGCCGGGUGUCAGAUUUGAAGACAACCGGUUCCGGAACUCGUGGAACGCGGUGUACGUGGCCGGGGCCUGGCGCUUCGUGCAGUGCAACUGGGGCGCCCGCCAUCUUGUCAACGCCAAGGACGCGCCCAAACCCGGGAACAGGGGGAAGAGUGAUAGCUUGAGAUACGAAUACGACGACCACUACUUCCUGACCGACCCGCGCGAGUUCAUCUACGAGUUCUACCCGCUGCAGCCGGACUGGCAGCUGCUGAAGACGCCCAUCACGCUGCAUGACUUCGAGGAGCUGCCCUUCGUCCGGUCCCUGUUCUUCCGCUACGGGCUAUACUUCAGCGAUCCCAAUACUAAAGCUGUUAUGUAUACGGACUCAACGGGUGCGGCGACUAUGCGCAUAGCCAUGCCGGCACACAUGCAGAGCUCGCUGAUCUUCCACUACAACCUCAAGUUCUACGACACCGAGGGCGACGGCUUCGACGGCGUCAGCCUCAAGAGAUUCGUCAUGCAGUCUGUGGUGGGCAACGUGGUGUCAUUCCGCGUGCAUGCUCCCUGCUCGGGCGCGUUCCUGCUGGACAUAUUCGCGAACGCGGUCACGCCGCGCGAGUACCUCACCGGCGAGCCCAUGAAGUUCAAGAGCGUUUGUAAAUUCAAGAUCUGCUGCGCGGAGCUCCAGACAGUGAUGGUGCCGCUGCCGGACUGCGCGAGCGGCGAGUGGGGGCCCACUAAGGCCACCAGGCUCUUCGGCCUCGUACCCAUCACGCAUCAGGACGCGCUAGUAUUCGCGGGUCGGGAGCUGGAACUGCAGUUCCGCAUGUCGCGACCGCUCGCCGACUUCAUGGCGACGCUGCACAAGAACGGCGUGGACGAGAAGCGGCUGUCGAAGCUGGUGCAGCAGAGCGUCCAGGACGAUAUCGUGUCCUUCUAUAUUACGUUCCCGGAGGAGGGUCAAUACGGUCUGGACAUCUACACUCGCGAGCGCGGCGGCCCCACGGCGGUGCACGUCAACGGUGGCACGGAGAAGGAGAAGCACCUGCUCACACACUGCUGCAAGUACCUCAUCAACAGCAGCAAGCGGAACUGAGGGUCUUAACGCCUCUAGUCCACCGACGCUGCGAAACGCGAAACAACUGUGAAACACUAAUAGAGCGAGAUGCAAUAUAAUGCAUUGUCGUGUGGCGGAUGAGACAGUAUA